AUGCAUUCCAGUCACUUGCUUAUCAAAGAACUGAUUUGGAUGAUCUCAAUACUCGAGCCAUCCAAAUACAACUUUUUUCCUGCAAUGACGAAGAUUGUUGGUACCCUGGGACCUAAAUCUCGUUCCGUGGAUGUUAUUUCUUCUUGCCUCAAAGCUGGAAUGUCUGUGGCUCAUUUUGAUUUCUCUUGGGGUGGUGCUGAGUAUCACCAGGAGACUUAG